AUGGCAGCAGCGGACAGCUUUGGGGAGCUGGGCCUCUCGAUCAUCGGCGUAGGCUCACAGUAUCCACCGUAUUCUCUGAGGCCAAGCGAGGUGCAGACUCUUGCAGAGAAAUACUACCCAGAGAGCGAGGCAAUGAAGAAAGUCUUGUCGAUCAAUCGAUAUACCGGAAUCGAUACGCGCGCGUCGAUCGGUACAUCAGAACAUCCUCUCGUCAACAAAAAAGAGGCCCCCUCGAUAGGCGAGCUUCACCGUGUCUUCAUGUCGGAUGGUGUGCCAUUGGCCGUGGAGGCCUCGAGGAAAGCUAUCGCAGAGGCUGGCAUUGACCUCUCAGAAAUAACACAUCUCGUAGCGACAACUUGCACAGACAGCGCAAACCCUGGCUUUGAUCAUUUCGUCCUGAAAGAGCUGGGUGUGAAACACCAGGUCGAGAAGGUCUUGUUACACGGUGUGGGAUGCUCUGGCGGUCUGGCGGCACUGCGCACAGCAGCGAAUCUCGCCCUCGGCCACACUGCAAGGCGGAAACCCGCGAGAAUAUUGUGUCUUGCACUCGAGGUCAGCACCACUUUGGUACGAAGCGAGCUCGAGAGCAUAAAUACUCUCCAGGAGACGCGCAUCGGUGUCUGCUUGUUCUCCGAUUGCGGAAGUGCUGUGGUGCUCAGCAACGGUAUUGGGGAGAACACUGCUCCACCAGUCUACGAACUCCUAGGUUGGGAGCACAAGGUCAUUCCGGACUCCGAAGAUGAUCUUGGUUUCGACGUAGACGCGCUAGGUUGGAAAGUGGUUUUGUCGCCUAGAGUACCGAAACUGGCUGCCGGGUCGCUCCAGCCAACUUUUGCCGAACUUAUGCGCGAUGUUCCCGACAUGGGCCCCAAAUACAAAGACGCGGCUGAUUUUGACUGGGCCAUGCAUCCAGGGGGAGCGACGAUAUUGACAGGAGCUGAGAGGGUCAUGUCCAUUACUCCAGAACAUAUGCGUGCCAGCUAUACAACCUACAUAAACCAUGGAAAUUCUAGUUCGGCCACCAUCUUCUCAGUGAUGGACAAGUUGCGGUCGAAGGACAUGGACGUGUUGGCCCCAGGUGGACAGCCCAAAGAAUUCGUGGUUGGCUGUGCGUUUGGGCCAGGAAUCACAGUCGAGAUGUGCAUGCUGAAGAGAAAUAUGGGUGUCAAUGGUCUUCACACCCCCCCAGAGACCGACAGCGAAGGCAGUAGGAGUGAAGCUGAUGACGGUUCAGAUUGGGCCAGUGUUGAUCCGAAGGAGUCGGCACCAGACACGCCAGAACCUGAGCUGAAUCAAUCUCCAAACGCGAGUCGUCGGCAUGAGGAGUUCAUAAGCGAGGCAUUAGAUGGUGUCGAGCUUGACUAA